CCUAUAUAUUUAGAAAACGAAUGGACAAAUUUCAAGACAUAUUUCCACAAGAUAGAUGCAUUUUGACUGAUGAGUUUGGGAAAUAUGUUUGUGAGUUAUAUUGAAAGUCUCGAGAGACUAGCACCGUAGUAUACAAAAAAUCACCACAGCUAAUGUCAUUUGUUGAUGCAAUCAGACCCAUUAGAGGGAGAGCUUGGUCCAAAGUGAAUUACUUCUAUGUGCCAUGGAACAAUAAUAACAAACAUUGGAUGACAUUGGUAGUAGACAUUAGAAUGUGGACAAUAUGGAUUUAUAACUCCAAUCCAGACUAUUGGAUCUCCAUAGAAGCAAUGGAAAGAUCAGUGCAACCACUUGCCGAAUAUUUUCUGCUAUUACUUCGUGAUAGUGGUCAUUUUAAUGAAUUUCGUGCUCAGUGUAUGUACUUCAUGAAGAUAGAAGUUGCCCCUGCAGAUACUGUUCCUCAAAGCAAUAGAAUGGGAGAUUGUGGUAUAUUCAUGCUGAAGACAAUAGAAAUGCACAUUGCUGGUAAGUGCAACGAGUCAGCUAGAACGUUGCUAAACGAUUACAACAUAGAUACUUUUAGACAAGCAUAUGCAGUUCAAUUAUAUGUAGGUAGUGCAGAUCCCUAG